AUGAAUAUGGUGCGUAGCCUUUUGACAACAAGUGGCAUUCCAAAAAGUUUCUGGCCGGAAGCAGUUAAUUGGAGCACUCAUUUAUUGAACAGAAGUCCUACACUUGCUGUUAAAAAUUUGACACCAGAGGAAGCAUGGAGCGGAAGGAAACUUACCGUAGAUCAUUUCCGAAUUUUUGGGUGUAUUGCCUAUGCCCAUAUUCCAGAUGCGAAGAGGAGAAAGCUAGACAACAAGGGAGAAAAAUGUAUUUUUCUUGGUGUUAGUGAUGAGUCAAAAGCUUAUAAAUUGUACAAUCCUAGCACCAAGAAAAUUGUCAUCAGCCGUGAUGUGGUAUUUGAUGAAAAAAGCACCUGGUCAUGGAAUCAAAAUGGUGUUAAAGAAAGUAUUCCUGCUGAUUUUGAUGAUGGGGAGAAUGGGCAGCAACCUAUGGAUAGAAAGCAAGAAGAUGAAGUCACUCAAAUCGUCCCAACUGAUCAAAGCCCACAUACAGCUGAAUCACAAAGGCCUCAACGUGUUCGAAGGAAACCAGCAUGGAUGACUGAUUAUAAGGUAACUGGAGUUGACCAAGGUGAUGACCCACUUAUACACUUUGCUCUAUUUUCAGAUUGUGAUCCUACCAUCUUUGAAGUGGUUGUCAAAGAAUCAAAAUGGAGAAUGGCUAUGGAUGCUGAAAUUACAGCAAUCGAAAGAAAUGACACGUGGGAGCUAUGUGAUCUUCCAAAAGGGCAGAAGACAAUUGGUGUAAAGUGGGUUUACAAAACAAAGCUGAAAGAGAAUGGUGAGGUUGACAAAUACAAGGCACGCUUGGUAGCUAAGGGCUACAAGCAGGAGUUUGGUGUUGAUUAUAAAGAAGUCUUUGCUCCUGUUGCAAGGCACGAUACAAUUAGAUUGGUGAUUGCUAUGGCAGCUCAAAACUCAUGGCCUAUCCUCCAGUUGGACGUGAAAUCAACAUUCCUCCAUGGAGAUUUGCGAUAA